AUGACUUUAGUCCCAAGCACUCUUCUUGAAAAGCGCAGAAUCCAAACCAGCAGAUCUUCGUCUCCGUGCACAAUUUCGGACCAAACUAGACCAUCGUCACCUGAUUCGUACAACGGAUUCUUCUACCACAAAUUCUGGUCUGAACCAUGGAGUUCAUCUGACUUUUCGCCAGACCAAGCUUGGGAUAGGCGGUUCCUCAAGGACUCUACACACUGGUGCCAAGGUUGGCCGUGGGGAUAUUUCAUCUACCGGACAAUAUACGGCUCCGACGAGGACUGGAACCAUGCCCUUGCCAAACUCCAUCGCUAUAUCCACUGCACUAUAAGAUAUGAUGAUCAUCCUGAGCCAGCCGAGAUCGUCUGGGAGUGCUGUAAGAACGUCAUUGUUGAUGAUGAGGAAUUGUUAAGGGGGGCUUCACCCGCUAAAGUCCGGCAACUGUUCCAAAACUGGGUAGAACGACAUCGAGUGUACAAUCAUGGUAGCAUACCACGGUCAACCUUUUGCUUAAUGGUUGAUAACCAUGCCAUUCAAUCUAUUCUGGCGAGCCCAGAGCCCUCCCUUGAAACUAAAAAUUGGUUUACUACAGAGGUCGGAUAUGUGAUCUUGAUUGAUCGCUAUUUUCCUGAUAAGGGGUACAGGCACGAGCCCUAUAAUGUGGGCUGGGUCCGUUUGAAGAUUAGUGGAGUUUGGCCGUUUUCGUAUUCGUUUGAUACGGUGGGGUUUGAGGGCCGAUAUCCGGGUGUUAGGAAGCCUGGUUUGAUUCCAUAUGAUGAUAGUUAUUGGACUUGGGUGGAGGAUGUGAAUGGGCAGAAGGUGACGGCUGUUGAUUCUUCGGGUGAUGAGGAUGAGGAUGAGGAUGGUGAUGAUGUGGAAAGCGGCUAUGGGAUUCAUGAUAUUGAUGAGUAUCUAAGGGAGGGUGGGCAUAUUUGA